AUGUCCACUUCCAUCGUCGACGAGCCAUCGGCCAACGAGGAAACUUGUCCAUUGUUGUUUCCAUUAACGUCGUUGCCAGAUCCAUUGACUUUGAGCUGCCUGGCUCUAGUUUCGAGGCUGGACCACUUAGCCUUAUCUCUAGUCUCCAAAAGAUACCGCUCUCUCGUAAUUUCCCCUGAGCUCUACAAGACGCGAUCGCUAUUGGGUCGUACCGACGAGUGCCACUACGUAUGCUUAAGCACCAAGACCUACCCAACCUCUCGUUGGUUCAUCCUCCGACGAGAAAAUACUAAGACCUACCUAGAAAACGCCGCAGCAGAGGACCUGGUCCCUGUCCUUUCUUUCCCCACUCAGCUACCCGAGCUGUCUUCUUUCGUGGCUCUGGAAUGGGGGAUCUAUGUCAUCGGUGGAUUAACAAACGACAGUAGAACGUCCGAUGUCUUGCUUCUGGAUUGUCGGACUAACACGUGGCGCCACGCCCCUUCUAUGGGAGUGGCUCGAGCUUCCGCAGCCGCUGGCGUCGUUGGUGGGAAGAUAUAUGUGUUUGGAGGAUGCGAGAGGUUUGAUUGUUCGAACUGGGCAGAGGUAUUUGAUCCAAAGACUCAAACUUGGGAUGUUUUGGUGCCAAUGCCUGAUCGGAAUGAAGGUGAUAAUCUGAUCCGUGAGACCCUAGUGAUCGAAGAGAAGGUUUACGCAGUGACUCUGUGGGACGGAAGCUUCUACUACUCGCCCCGUGAAGUUUGGCGUGACUCUGAGGAAUUGGAGUGGAAGGAAGUGAAAGGCUUGAAGGCUCUACGGUUGAACUUUCCUAGCUCUGCCUCCUUCCGAUCCUCUGCAAACGAAAGGUGUGUCAGUAAGCUGAGCAGUUUUGGUGUCAACAUUGUGGUCUCCUCUGUUAGGGCUACGUUUGAUGUUUGGUGGGAUGUUUGGUGUACCGAGAUUUCGUUGGAAAAACGUGAGGAGGAAGGUGAGAUUUGGGGAACUAUUGAGUCAGAAGCUGUGACUGUAGUCGAUCAUGUUCCUUCUGGUCGCGUUCCGGUUGAGGUUCUGUGUUCUGUUACUGUCUAUGUCUAA